AUGCUGCCAACAGCCAAGGCUCGUGAGUGGCAACAGUUGCAAUCCAAGAAGUAUGCAGAGAAGACAAAAUUCGGUUUUGUGGACACACAGAAGGAGGAUAUGCCUCCAGAACAUGUCCGCAAGAUCAUACGAGAUCAUGGUGACAUGACAAACCGAAAAUUUCGUCACGACAAGCGAGUCUAUCUUGGUGCCCUCAAGUAUAUGCCACACGCAAUUCUGAAAUUACUCGAAAAUAUGCCCAUGCCCUGGGAACAAAUCCGCGACGUCAAGGUCCUUUAUCACAUAACGGGUGCAAUCACGUUUGUGAAUGAAAUUCCAUGGGUUGUCGAGCCCAUCUACAUUGCUCAGUGGAGCUCUAUGUGGAUCAUGAUGCGUCGCGAAAAGCGAGAUCGCCGUCACUUUAAGAGGAUGCGAUUCCCACCUUUCGACGAUGAAGAGCCGCCUCUUGAUUAUGCUGACAACAUUCUCGACGUUGAACCCCUAGAACCCAUUCAGAUGGAUCUUGAUCCCGAAGAAGAUGGUGCGAUCGCGGAAUGGUUCUAUGACCGCAAACCUCUUGUAGAAACGCCAUACAUAAACGGUACCACAUAUAGACGUUGGAACAUCCCUCUCCCGAUCAUGUCUAACCUCUACCGUCUCGCUAACUGUUUAUUGACUGAUCUGGUGGACGACAACUAUUUUUAUCUGUUCGACCUGAAGUCAUUUUUUACAUCUAAGGCCUUAAAUGUUGCGAUUCCCGGCGGACCUAAGUUUGAACCUCUCGUGAAAGAUAAAAAUCUUGAUGAUGAGGACUGGAAUGAAUUUAAUGAUAUCAACAAGAUCAUUAUUCGUCAGCCCAUCAGGACGGAAUACCGGAUCGCGUUUCCGUAUCUGUACAAUAGCUACCCUUUCCAAGUGCAUCUAUCUUGGUAUCAUUAUCCUAAUGUCCUGUUCAUAAAAACGGAGGAUCCCGACCUUCCGGCAUUUUAUUUUGAUCCGUUGAUCAAUCCAAUUUCCCAGCGCCACGCUGUUAAAGUCCCUGAAGCUCAUAUUGACGAGGAUCCCGACGAGGACUUCACCCUCCCAGAGGACUUUCGAUCGUUUAUGAGUGACACUCCCCUCUACACUGAUAAUACGGCUAAUGGAAUAGCACUACUCUGGGCACCUAGGCCAUUUAAUCUCCGAUCCGGUAGUAGUCGUAGAGCUCUAGAUGUUCCUCUGGUGCAAAGUUGGUAUCUAGAACACUGCCCUUCGGGAAUGCCGGUUAAAGUUCGGGUUUCGUACCAAAAACUCCUCAAAUACUUCGUUUUAAAUGCCCUGCACCAUCGGAAGCCGAAGCCCAUGAAGAAAAGAUAUCUGUUCCGAUCGUUUAAGUCGACUAAGUUCUUUCAAACCACUACCCUUGACUGGGUGGAGGUGGGUCUCCAAGUCUGUCGCCAGGGCUACAAUAUGUUGAAUCUUCUAAUUCACCGAAAAAACCUCAACUACUUGCAUUUGGACUAUAACUUCAACUUAAAGCCUGUGAAAACUCUUACCACAAAGGAACGUAAAAAGUCACGCUUCGGUAAUGCCUUCCAUUUGUGUCGAGAGAUCCUCCGUUUGACAAAACUCGUCGUGGACAGUCAUGUGCAGUAUCGCCUAGGGAACGUUGAUGCUUAUCAGCUGGCUGAUGGUCUGCAGUACAUCUUUUCCCAUGUUGGUCAACUGACUGGGAUGUACCGUUACAAAUACAAGCUGAUGCGGCAGAUUCGCAUGUGCAAGGACCUCAAACAUCUGCUUUACUACCGCUUCAACACUGGUCCGGUUACCAAGGGUCCGGGCGUCGGAAUGUGGGCUCCUGGUUGGCGUGUCUGGUUGUUCUUUAUGCGCGGCAUUACUCCACUUUUGGAGCGUUGGCUUGGCAAUCUGCUUUCCCGACAAUUUGAGGGUCGACACUCAAAGGGCGUUGCGAAGACAGUGACUAAACAGCGCGUUGAGUCUCACUACGAUCUAGAGCUUCGCGCGGCAGUAAUGCAUGAUAUUAUCGAUAUGAUGCCUGAAGGCAUCAAGCAGAACAAGGCAAGAACUAUUCUGCAGCACUUGAGUGAGGCUUGGCGAUGCUGGAAGGCAAAUAUCCCGUGGAAGGUACCAAAUAUGCCGAUGCCCAUUGAGAAUAUGAUCCUUCGUUAUGUCAAAGCUAAAGCUGAUUGGUGGACUAACACAGCACACUACAAUCGUGAACGUAUUCGUCGUGGAGCGACAGUUGACAAGACUGUGUGCAAAAAGAACUUAGGCCGCCUCACUCGUCUGUAUCUGAAAGCUGAGCAAGAACGACAACACAACUACUUGAAGGAUGGUCCGUAUAUUACUGCCGAAGAGGCUGUGGCAAUUUACACCACUACAGUCCAUUGGCUGGAAAGUCGACGAUUUUCACCUAUCCCAUUCCCUCCGUUGAGCUACAAGCACGACACCAAAUUGCUGAUUCUCGCUCUUGAACGACUUCGUGAGUCGUACAGCGUUAAAAACCGUCUAAAUCAGUCUCAACGAGAGGAGCUUGGACUGAUUGAACAAGCAUAUGAUAACCCGCACGAGGCUCUUAGCCGCAUUAAACGCCACCUCCUAACACAGCGUGCAUUCAAGGAGGUGGGCAUCGAAUUCAUGGACCUCUAUAGUCAUCUUGUACCGGUAUAUGACGUGGAGCCUCUGGAAAAGAUCACUGACGCUUAUUUAGAUCAGUAUCUCUGGUAUGAAGCUGACAAGCGACGACUAUUUCCACCAUGGAUUAAACCUGCUGACUCCGAACCACCUCCACUUUUGGUUUACAAGUGGUGUCAGGGUGUAAAUAACCUAAAGGAUGUGUGGGAGACUGCCGAUGGCGAAUGCAACGUCCUUCUGGAGACGCGCUUCGAAAAGGUCUACGAAAAAGUCGACUUGAAUCUGCUCAAUCGCCUUCUUCGUCUGAUCGUCGACCAUAAUAUUGCGGACUACAUGACGACUAAAAAUAAUGUGGUCAUCAAUUAUAAAGACAUGAACCACACAAACAGCUAUGGCAUCAUCCGUGGACUUCAGUUCGCUUCAUUCAUCAUGCAGUACUAUGGCCUUGUUCUCGACCUGCUUGUACUGGGCUUGGAAAGAGCGUCUGAAGUUGCCGGACCAACGCAGAUGCCCAACGACUUCUUGCAGUACCAGGACACUGCAACUGAAAUUGCACAUCCCAUUCGGUUGUACACACGUUACGUUGAGCGUUUUUGGAUGUUCUUCCGUUUCACGGCCGAAGAAGCUCGUGAUCUGAUCCAGCGCUACCUUACCGAACACCCAGACCCCAACAACGAAAAUAUUGUGGGUUAUAACAACAAAAAGUGUUGGCCCCGGGACAGUCGAAUGCGUCUAAUGAAGCAUGACGACAAUCCAAAUUUGUUGUUCGCUAUGUGCGGCUUCGAGUGUCGCAUUUUGCCCGCUUGCCGGAUGCCAAGCCAGGCCAAUAGUGCAAAUCUACCCAGUGGUGUCUGGCAUCUACAGAAUGAGGUGACGAAAGAGCGGACUGCCCAGUGCUACUUACGAGUAGACGAAGAGUCUAUGCAGAAGUUCCACAAUCGUGUACGUCAGAUUCUGAUGGCCUCCGGUUCAACCACUUUUACCAAGAUUGUGAACAAGUGGAACACUGCUCUCAUUGGUCUAAUGACGUACUUCCGUGAGGCCGCAGUUUCAACCGAACCUCUUCUUGACUUGCUAGUGAAGUGUGAAAACAAGAUCCAGACACGUAUCAAGAUCGGCCUUAAUUCCAAGAUGCCUGCCCGAUUUCCUCCAGUUGUCUUCUACACGCCUAAGGAACUUGGUGGCUUGGGCAUGUUGAGUAUGGGACAUGUUUUGAUCCCACAAUCUGAUCUUCGGUGGUCGAAACAGACCGAUGUUGGUAUCACUCAUUUCCGCUCUGGUAUGAGCCACAACGAGGAUCAGGUUAUUCCCAACAUCUAUUCCUACACCCUGACUUGGGAGACUGAGUUCCGCGACUCUCAAAGCGUCUGGGCCGAGUACUCACUGAAACGACAAGAAGCUAAUGCUCAAAACAGACGACUCACCCUGGAGGAUCUGGAAGAUAGCUGGGAUCGUGGUAUUCCUCGCAUCAACACCCUAUUCCAGAAGGACCGACACACCCUGGCCUACGACAAGGGUUGGCGUGUGCGGACCGAAUUCAAGCAGUACCAAGUUCUCAAACAGAAUCCUUUCUGGUGGACUCACCAGCGUCACGACGGAAAAUUGUGGAAUUUAAACAACUACCGAACUGACAUGAUUCAGGCCUUGGGUGGUGUUGAAGGUAUCCUUGAGCACACCCUUUUCAAGGGUACAUACUUCCCAACUUGGGAGGGCUUGUUUUGGGAAAAAGCCAGCGGUUUUGAAGAAUCCAUGAAGUACAAGAAGCUGACCAAUGCUCAACGAUCCGGUCUUAAUCAAAUUCCUAACCGUCGGUUCACCCUCUGGUGGUCGCCUACCAUAAAUCGUGCCAACGUGUACGUCGGUUUCCAGGUGCAGUUGGAUCUCACAGGCAUCUUCAUGCAUGGCAAAAUCCCCACCUUGAAAAUCUCCCUUAUCCAGAUUUUCCGUGCUCACUUGUGGCAGAAAAUCCACGAGUCUGUGGUUAUGGAUUUGUGUCAGGUUUUCGAUCAGGAACUGGACGCGCUAGAAAUUGAAACCGUGCAGAAGGAGACUAUUCAUCCUCGCAAGUCCUACAAGAUGAACUCUAGCUGUGCCGAUAUCCUGCUUUUCGCCUCAUACAAAUGGCCGGUAUCUCGUCCUAGCCUUCUCGCCGAUUCAAAGGAUGUCAUGGAUGGUACAACAACACAGAAGUUCUGGAUUGAUGUGCAACUGCGAUGGGGUGACUUCGAUUCUCACGAUAUCGAAAGAUAUUGUCGAGCCAAGUUCCUGGAUUAUACAACUGAUAACAUGUCCAUUUACCCAUCUCCAACUGGCGUUAUGAUUGCCAUCGAUCUUGCCUACAAUUUGCACAGCGCCUACGGUAAUUGGUUCCCUGGUUGCAAGCCCCUGAUUCAACAAGCUAUGGUGAAGAUCAUGAAAGCCAACCCCGCACUCUAUGUCCUGCGUGAGCGCAUUCGAAAGGCUCUCCAGUUGUACUCCAGCGAACCCACCGAACCCUAUUUAAGUUCACAGAACUACAACGAACUCUUCUCCAAUCAAAUCAUCUGGUUUGUGGAUGAUACCAACGUCUAUCGUGUGACCAUUCAUAAGACCUUUGAGGGCAAUCUCACAACCAAACCUAUCAACGGCGCUAUCUUCAUCUUCAACCCGCGUACGGGUCAAUUGUUCCUGAAGAUUAUCCACACCUCUGUUUGGGCUGGCCAGAAGCGUUUGGGUCAACUGGCAAAGUGGAAAACUGCUGAGGAGGUAGCUGCUCUCAUUCGUUCACUGCCUGUGGAAGAACAGCCAAAGCAGAUCAUUGUUACCCGAAAGGGUAUGUUGGAUCCGCUGGAGGUCCACUUGCUCGAUUUCCCGAACAUUGUCAUCAAAGUAAGUUCUGAAGCCGAGCUCCUAGUUUUUCAUUUCCAAAUUUCCCGAAGAACUUUUUUUUCAAAUGAACAUUUGCAAUUGUUUUGCCUUAAUAGGCUUGUCAAAAAUUGUCUCGGUUCCUGCUGCAAAUAUUGA